AUGGAUUCGCCAACGAAGCUUUACCCAUCCUGUGGCCCAGAACCUUCUCAGAUGGCCAGUGGAGAAAAUUCCCAGGGAGGCUCAGCCGCCUCUCGAACCAUCUCUGAAGUGUUAGUUAAGAACCUUAGUAAAUUGACUCUUGACCCUACCGUCAAACUCCCUUCGCCUCUCCCGGAAUAUCCAACCCAGCAGGACAGCGAGAAGAAACCACAGGGGCUUGUGGACAGAAUACUCAGCAACAGGAGGAGAACUGGAGUCAGGACUCUGUUAACUGCACGGAAAGAAAGGAUGGAAAGGCUGAUGUGGCUGGUCAAAAACCAUCGCUACUUCAAGCAGAGUUCCACGGAUGAAUCGAGAGUGGAAAGAUUUAGAUGUAGAUGUCAUUAUUGCCUGUAUCAUAAAGAUCCUUCUGAGGAUACCAACACGGAGAAUAAUUAUGACAUGGAGUCGUUGUAA